CACUCAACCUUGCAUUUCCAAAGUCCACAACCAUGAAUCCCUACUUAGAAAACAAUUUUCUUGUGCGCUUGAUGGAAGAAAUGGAAGAGGAAGAAGAAGAGUUGCAGUUGGCGAGGCACAUGGUCAAUAGGAGGCGACGUGCACACAAUGAGCGUCGUCAUGGUGGUUCCAUCCCAGGGCGUGUUAGGAUUCAUCGUGAUCACAUCAGCGGCGAUGCAAGAAUCCGAGCGGACUACUUUGGAGCGAACCCGGUGUACACGGAUGCUCAAUUUCGUAGGAGGUUCCGCAUGCGUCGCCAUGUCUUUGAGCGCCUUGUUGAUGUUGUGCAACAAGUGGAUCCAUAUUUUAUUCAGCGUCCAAAUUGUGCGGGUGAGAUUGGUCUUUCUGCUCUACAGAAAGUUGUUGCUGCUGUUCGAAUCCUUGCUUACGGUAUUCCGGCUGAUGCCGUUGACGAAUACGUACGUAUUGGGGAAUCUACUGCUCAUGAAGCAUUGAAACACUUUUGCACGGCCGUCCAAACCGCGUUUGCUCCCUAUUAUCUCCGUGCACCAAAUGCAGAAGAUAUCGCACGCCUUCUCCAAGUUGGCGAGUCACGUGGGUUUCCUGGUAUGCUUGGUAGUGUUGAUUGCAUGCAUUGGGAGUGGCGUAACUGCCCAAGUUCAUGGAAGGGGAUGUUUACAGGGCGUGGUAAACAUCCUACCAUGAUCUUGGAAGCUGUUGCGUCGUAUGACCUGUGGAUAUGGCAUGCAUAUUUUGGUCUGCCAGGUAGUUGCAACGACAUAAAUGUUCUUCACCGUUCAAACCUUUUCAAAAGGCAUCUGAGCACAACAUGAUAGUAGAAGACGAAGGUCCAUUGUCUUUGAACACAACCUUUGAAAACAUCGGAGUGCUGGCAGACACAACUCAAGGUUCACUGGAAGAGCGCAACGACUUCGUCAAUCAAAGGUACAACCAACUGAAAGACCGCAACAAAUAUACUCAGCUUCAGAUAGAUCUGAUACACCAUCACUGGGCGCGACAUGGAUCCGGAGUUGCAUAGGAUGCAAUGAAACAAGUUCUGUCUGUGUUAGUGUCUUUGUUUACUUUACAUUGUUCUACUGUCUGUGUUAGUGUCAUGUUUGUUCUUAUCAAGUGUGUGUACUGUGUGUCUUAGUGCUCAAGUGUCGUAGUGUCUCAUGCUGCUGUUUCAAUUCAAUAACAAGGAGUACUACUGUCA